AUGAGCGCAACAAUAGAGUCACUGCCAGCAGUCGACCAACUGAUCGAGCACGAUGGAAAGUCAUACAGUACCGUCAAGGAGGGUCUAGCAUACAUCUUGGUGCCUCCAAAUGCACGCACAGAACAGGAUCCGAAAUCAAAGAAGAAGGACGACGGUGAACAGCAAGCUCAGAGCGUCUUCUACAACCCUAUUCAACAGUUCAACCGCGAUCUGUCUGUCCUCGCAAUCAAGGCUUUCGGCGAACACAUGUGUGCUAUCAGGAUGCAAGCCCAUGAGAAGAAGGUCGAGCAGAGUGCCAAGAAGAGGGAGCGAAAGAGACAAGCCGAAGACAACGAGGGAGAGGAAAAGAGAAGGAAGGGCAACGACGGCGCUGCUGUAGUGCCCGUAGAACAGAACGGGGCCGACACAGAAGCCACGACAACAGCAGGAGCUCCGGAAGCAAGCGUCGAGCCCAAGUUCCGUGUGCUGGACGCUCUCUCUGCCUCUGGUCUGCGAGCUCUGCGUUAUGCUCAAGAGAUACCUUUUGCGACGACGGUUGUGGCUAACGACAUGUCUCCGGCAGCCGUCGAGGCCAUUCGUCUCAACGUCCAACACAACAAGCUGACGGACAAGAUCACUCCUUCUACCGGCAAUGCUAUCGGCCACAUGUACAAUGCUGCCUACUACACCCCGAGCCCUGAGGAUGGCCCUUCGGCACACACUCAACUCAAGUACGACGUUAUUGACCUGGAUCCCUAUGGUACCGCUGCUCCCUUCCUCGACGCUGCCGUUCAAGCGCUGAACGACGGCGGACUGCUCUGCGUUACUUGCACCGACGCCGGCGUCUUUGCUUCCUGCGGCUACGUCGAGAAGACUUACUCUCUAUACGGCGGAACACCCCUCAAGGGCCCUCACUCGCACGAAGCCGGCCUUCGUCUUAUCCUCAACUCAAUUGCCAAGGCUGCUGCCGUUCAAGGCAUCGCUAUCGAACCUCUUCUGUCUCUCAGCAUCGAUUUCUACGCUAGAGUAUGGGUUCGCGUCAGAAAGUCUCCUGCUGAUGUCAAGUUCCUGGCUGGAAAGACCAUGCUUGUGCAUCAAUGCGACACUGGUUGUGGUAGCUUCCAAAUCCAACCUCUGGCCAGACAUACUGCUCAAAAGAACUACACCAAUUACAAGCAUACUGCAUCUUUGUCUACCGGUGAGAGCAGAUGCCCUCAUUGUGGUUUCAAGACUCACGUUGCUGGUCCUAUGUGGGCUGGUCCUCUGCACAACCCAUACUUCAUCCGUCGCAUCCUAGACAUGCUUCCUGACCUGGACAAGUCUACUUAUGGAACUACUACCCGUAUCGAAGGUAUGCUUACCUCGGCUCUAGACGAGUUGGACACCCUGGAAAACAGCCUUCAGACCUUCAAGGGUGAGACUGAAGCUCCCUUCAUCCCUUCCAUUCCAGGCCAUGUGACCGACCCACACCCUUUCUUCUUCAUCCCUAGCUAUCUGUGCAAGGUUUUGCAUUGCCAGUCUCCUUCCGAAGCUGCUAUCAAAGGAGCUCUUCGUCACGCUGGCUUUAUCGCCACUCGCUCGCAUACUAAGCCUGGCACCAUCAAGACCAAUGCUAGUUACGAGGCAAUCUGGGAGAUAAUCAGGGAAUGGAGUCGUCAGAAGGCGCCCGUGAAGGAGGGAAAGGUUGGCGAGACUCAGGCUGGCUACAAGAUCCUGCAGAAGAUGAGAAAGGUCGAUGAAGCCGAGGAGAAGAAAGAUGGCGAGGAGAACGGAGAAAAGAGCGAAGACGAACCAGCAACGCAGCCCCCUGCCGAUAUCUUCAAGUUCAAGAUCAAGUUCGAUGAGAGAUUGGGCAAAGACCAGCACAGCAAGAAGCUCAUGCGUUACCAGACCAACCCUAGAGCAAACUGGGGCCCCAUGAGCCGUGCUAAGGGCGCAAGCUAG